AUGAAUUCUGCUGAAGCCACCGAGGAGGGACCCAACGACUCAGAUACGGACGCGUUUUUCAAAACAGGGGCACUGAGGUCUGAGGGAAUCCGGGCGGCCGAUAUUCUGCCUGUGCUGAGAGAGAAGGUGGCUUUUGUGUCAGGGGGUCGGGAUAAGAGAGGAGGCCCCAUCCUGACUUUCCCUGCGAGAAGUAACCAUGACCGAAUAAAGCAGGAGGACUUGAGGAGGCUGGUGACGUACCUGUCUACUGUACCCAGUGAGGACGUGUGUAAACGGGGCUUCACCGUCAUCAUUGACAUGCGUGGCUCCAAAUGGGAUCUGAUUAAGCCUUUACUGAAGACACUCCAGGAGGCCUUCCCAGCAGAGAUCUGCAUCGCUCUCAUCAUCAAACCAGACAACUUCUGGCAGAAACAGAAGACCAACUUUGGCAGUGCCAAGUUCACUUUUGAGACUAACAUGGUGUCAGUGGAGGGUCUGACAAAGCUGGUGGAUCCAUCUCAGCUGACGGAUGAUUUUGAGGGCUCUCUGGAAUACGACCAUGAGGAGUGGAUGGAGCUUCGGUUGUCGCUGGAGGAGUUCAUGAGCAGCGCUGUGCACCUCCUCUCCCGUCUAGAGGAUCUGCAGGAGUUGCUGGCCAAGAAGGAGUUUCCUGUGGAUGUGGAGGGCUCACGGCGCCUUAUUGACGAACACACCCAGUUAAAGAAGAAAGUCAUGAAGGCUCCAGUAGAAGAGCUGGACUGUGAGGGCCAGAGGCUGCUGCAGUGUAUUCGCUCCAGUGAUGGCUUUUCUGGGAGAAACUGCAUCUCUGGUAGUGCCGACUUCCAGAGCCUGGUGCCAAAGAUUGCAAGCCUGUUGGACAAGCUGCAUUCCACCCGCCAGCACCUCCAUCAGAUGUGGCACCUACGUAAGCUCAAACUGGACCAGUGCUUCCAAUUACGCCUCUUUGAGCAGGAUGCAGAGAAGAUGUUUGACUGGAUCAGUCACAAUAAGGAGCUGUUUCUUCAAAGCCACACUGAGAUUGGAGUGAGUUCUGAGCAUACUGUGGACCUCCAGACACAACACAACCACUUCGCCAUGAACUCUAUGAAUGCCUAUGUGAACAUAAACCGCAUAAUGUCAGUGGCCUGCCGUCUGUCAGAGGCUGGGCAUUACGCCUCUCAGCAGAUAAAACAGAUCUCUGCAGACCUGGACCAGGAGUGGAAGAGUUUUGCUGCCGCGCUGGACGAACGCAGUACCAUCCUGGCUAUGUCUGCCGUGUUUCACCAAAAGUCUGAACAGUUCCUGUCAGGAGUGGAGACGUGGUGUAAGUUGUGCAGUGAGGGAGGCCUACCGUCCGAGAUGCAGGAUCUGGAGUUAGCCAUCCACCAUCAUCAAACUCUCUAUGAACAGGUCACUCAGGCCUACACAGAGGUCAGCCAGGACGGGAAAGCCCUGUUGGAUGUUCUCCAGCGACCACUGAGUCCGGGGAACUCUGAGUCGCUGACUGCCACAGCAAACUACUCUAAAGCAGUGCACUGUGUUCUGGAUGUGGUGCAUGAGAUUCUCCAUCACCACAGAAGACUGGAGGGCAUCUGGCAACAUCGUAAAGUCCGUCUGCACCAACGGCUGCAGCUAUGUGUGUUUCAGCAAGAUGUCCAACAGGUUAUGGACUGGAUUGAGAACCAUGGGGAGGCAUUUCUCAGUAAACACACUGGAGUGGGUAAAUCUCUCCACCGGGCCAGAGCACUGCAGAAACGACAUGAUGACUUUGAGGAAGUGGCCCAGAACACUUACACCAACGCGGAUAAGCUCCUGGAGGCAGCGGAGCAACUGGCCCAGACGGGGGAAUGUGACCCAGAGGAGAUCUAUAAAGCAGCACGACACCUGGAGGUCCGCAUCCAGGACUUUGUGAGAAGGGUGGAGCAGAGGAAACUCCUGCUGGACAUGUCUGUCUCCUUUCACACACACACCAAAGAGCUGUGGACAUGGAUGGAGGACUUGCAGAAGGAGUUAUUGGAGGAGGUCUGCUGUGACUCCGUGGACUCGGUACAGGAGCUGAUUAAACAGUUUCAGCAGCAGCAAACGGCCACACUGGAGGCCACGCUCAACGUCAUCAAAGAGGGAGAGGACCUCAUCCAGCAGCUCAGGGACUCGGCCAUGUCCAGUAAUAAAACGCCCCACAGCAGCUCUAUUGCCCAUAUUGAGAGUGUCCUGCAGCAGCUGGAUGAGGCACAGGGACAGAUGGAGGAACUUUACCAUGAACGCAAGAUCAAACUGGACAUUUUCCUGCAGCUACGGAUCUUUGAGCAGUACACCAUUGAAGUGACAGCGGAGCUGGAUGCGUGGAAUGAGGACCUGAUAAGACAGGUGAAUGAGUUUAAUGCGGAGGAGUCCAGUUUGGCAGAGCAGAGAUUACAGAGACAUGCCGAACGCAAACUCGCCAUGAGCGGCAUGACGUUUGAGGUCCUGCAGCAGGGACAAGACCUCCACCAGUACAUCAUGGAAGUCCAGGCCUCAGGUAUUGAAUUGACAGGAGAGAAGGAGAUGGAUUUGGCCAUGCAGGUACAGGAGCUACUGGAGUUUCUUCAUGAGAAACAGCAUGAGCUGGAUGUCAGUGCUGACCAGACCCAGAAACGACUGGAACAGUGCUUACAACUGCGUCACCUACAGGCAGAAGUCAAACAGGUGCUGAGCUGGAUUCGUAACGGUGAGUCAAUGCUCAGUGCCAGUAUGGUGAAUGCCAGUUCACUUUCAGAGGCAGAGCAGAUGCAGAGAGAGCAUGAGCAGUUCCAGCUGGCCAUCGAGUCCCUGUUUCAUGCUAACUCACUGCAGAAGACUCAUCAGAGUGCAUUGCAGGUCCAGCAGAAAGCAGAGGUGAUGUUACAGGGUGGGCACUAUGACCCUGAGGCUAUCCGUGCCUGUGCAGAGAAGGUGGCUGUGCACUGGCAGCAGCUCAUGUUGAAGAUGGAGGACAGGCUGAAGCUGGUUAAUGCUUCUGUGGCCUUUUAUAAGACCUCUGAACAGGUGUGCAGUGUGUUGGAGAGUUUAGAGCAGGAGUACAGGAGAGAAGAGGACUGGUGUGGAGGACAUGAUAAACUGGGCCCUACAGCCGAGACAGACCAUGUCAUGCCCCUGAUCAGUAAACACCUGGAACAGAAAGAAGCAUUCCUUAAGGCCUGUACUCUGGCACGGAGAAACGCGGAGGUCUUCCUUAAAUACAUCCACCGCAACAACGUCGGCACAACAGGCGCCGCUGGCCACACCCGUGGCCCUGAGCAGCAGGUCAAAGCGAUCCUGAAUGAACUGCUACAGAGAGAAAACAGGGUUCUGCACUUCUGGACCAUGAAGAAACGCCAGUUAGACCAGUGCCAACAGUAUGUUGUGUUUGAACGCAGUGCUAAACAGGCAUUAGAAUGGAUUCAGGAAGAAGGAGAAUAUUAUCUCUCCACUCACAGCCCCCCAGGGGAGACAAAUGAAAAAACACAAGAGCUUCUGAAAGAGCAUGAUGAAUUCCGGGUCUCAGCCAAGCAAACAAAGGAGAAAGUGAAGAUUCUGAUCCAGUUGGCUGACAGUUUUGUGGAGAAGGGCCAUAUGCAUGUGGCCGAGCUGAAGAAAUGGGUCACAGCAGUAGACAAACGGUACCGGGACUUCUCACUCAGGAUGGCAGCAUAUGGUAGCAGCCUAGAGGAAGCCCUGGGUAUCAGCUCUGAGAAUAAUAAGGAGCUGGAGCUAGACAUCAUCCCUGCUAGCCUAACUGACCCUGAGGUCAAACUACGCGACCCCAACCAUGAGGUUGAUGAGGAGAAGAGGAAAUCUGCCAGGAAGAAAGAGUUCAUAAUGGCAGAACUGCUGCAAACUGAAAAGGCCUAUGUCAGAGAUUUACAUCAGUGUUUAGAGACAUACCUGUGGGAGAUGACCAGCGGUGUGGAGGAGGUUCCUCCUGGCAUCCUUAACAAAGAGCACAUCAUCUUUGGGAAUAUACAGGAGAUUUAUGAUUUCCAUAAUAACAUAUUCCUUAAAGAGCUGGUCAAUUACGAGCAGUUACCUGAAGAUGUGGGGCACUGUUUUGUCACGUGGGCAGACAAAUUCAACAUUUACGUGACAUACUGUAAAAAUAAACCAGACUCCAACCAGCUCAUCCUAGAACAUGCCGGAAGCUUUUUUCAUGAUAUACAGCAGAGGCAUGGUUUGACAAACUCUAUAUCCUCCUACCUGAUCAAACCAGUGCAGAGGAUCACCAAAUAUCAGCUUCUACUCAAGGAGUUGCUGAGCUGUUGUGAAGAGGGGAAGGGAGAGAUUAAAGAUGGUCUGGAGGUGAUGCUGAGUGUUCCGAAGAGAGCCAAUGAUGCAAUGCACGUUAGCAUGCUGGAGGGGUUCGAUGAGAAUCUGGAUGUUCAGGGAGAGCUGAUCCUACAGGACACAUUCCAGGUCUGGGAUCCUAAAUCCCUGAUCCGAAAGGGCCGUGACCGCCACCUCUUUCUCUUUGAGUUCUCCCUCGUCUUCAGCAAGGAGAUGAAAGACUCAGCAGGACGCACCAAAUACGUCUACAAGAGCAAACUGCUGACAUCAGAGUUGGGGGUGACAGAGCAUGUUGAAGGAGACCCCUGUAAGUUUGCGCUGUGGUCAGGCCGCACGCCAUCCUCAGACAGCAAGACUGUGCUUAAGGCGUCUAGUAUUGAUGUGAAGCAGGACUGGAUUAAGAACAUUCGGGAGGUGAUUCAGGAGAGGAUGGUUCACCUGAAGGGGGCACUAAAGGAGCCCAUUCAAAUACCCAAAACUCAAGCCAAGCCACGUACUACUGCCAAGAGGGACACUGGAGAAGAUGCAGACAGUCAGGGAGAUGGUAGCAGUCAGCCAGAUACCAUCUCCAUCGCCUCCCGCACUUCCCAGAACACCAUGGACAGUGAUAAGCUCUCUGGCGGCUGUGAGCUCACUGUGGUUCUACAGGACUUCACGGCCAGCUGCUCCAGUGAACUCAGUCUCCAGGCAGGUCAGACCGUGGAACUGCUGGAGCGACCUAGCGACAGACCCGGCUGGUGCCUGGUCCGGACCACUGAACGCAGCCCCCCACAGGAGGGUUUGGUUCCCAGCAGCACUCUGUGUAUCUCACAUUCACGCAGCAGUGUGGAAAUGGACUGCUUCUUCUCUUCAGGCAAAGAGAACUACGCAGUUAGCAGCUCAGACCAGAAGACAGAGUCCGUGGCCACUUUGGCCCCUCAGGCAUCUCUGAGCUCCAUUCCGACCAGUUCUCCAGGGCCCAAACGCUCCAGUAACACACUGAAGAAAUGGCUGACCAGUCCCCGACGUCGCCUAAGCCACGGCAGCAGCACCAAAAAACUCCCCAGCAAACCGAAGAAGAGAGAGGGGCGUAAGAGCAUAGAGCUGCCUGAGCACCAUGACAACGCAGAAGAGGAAAGAGGGAGAAAAGGCGAGGGAGUCCUGUCCAAGCCCUCCGCAGGCCUGCAGAGCGGGGGGGAGGAGGAACCGGAGGACGACUCCCACACCCCACUCCCACCCCCAAUGGAAAUCAUCAAAGACCCCUCAUCUCAGGAAGAGAAGUCGUCUGCAUUGCUUGCGGUGCAGCACGGCUCGGCCGAUGUGCCCAGUGCCGCUGAAUUGGUCAGUGCCAUAGAGAAACUGGUCAAGACCAAAAUGACUCUGGACCCGGGAUCAUACCCCAGUUUUGGACCCAUGGUUCCACCAGAGCAGAAGAGCACUCCACCCAGAGACCCUGAGCUGGAGAAACAAGCCAAAGCUUUACGUGGACGCAUGUUUGUGCUUAAUGAGCUGAUUCAGACAGAGAAGGACUAUGUCAAAAACUUGGGCGUCGUAGUGGAGGGGUUCAUGAAGAAAAUGGAGGAGAAAGGAGUGCCCGAGGACAUGAAAGGAAAAGACAAAAUUGUUUUUGGAAACAUUCACCAAAUCUAUGACUGGCAUAGAGAUUUUUUUGUGGUCGAGUUGGAGAAAUGUCUGGAAGAGCAGGAGCGUCUUCCUCAGCUCUUUAUGAAACAUGAACGCAGACUGUACAUGUAUGUGGUUUACUGCCAAAACAAGCCCAAAUCAGAGUUCAUCGUUGCUGAAUAUGAUUCAUACUUUGAGGGAAUACAACAGGACAUAAACUCCAGACUGAAUAUCAGUGACUAUCUCAUCAAACCUAUCCAGAGAAUCACAAAGUAUCAGCUUCUACUGAAGGAUUUCCUGAAAUACAGUUCGAAAGCUGGGCUAGACUGUCAGGACAUUGAGAAAGCAGUGGAUUUGAUGUCACAGGUUCCCAAGCUCUGUAAUGACAUGAUGAACCUGGGCCGGCUACAGGGCUUUGAGGGAAAGCUGACCAGUCAAGGAAAGCUGCUGCAGCAGGAGACAUUUUUCGUGUCAGAGCAGGACUCGGGCGUCCUAUCUCGCAGUAAAGAGAGAAGAGUCUUCCUCUUCGAGCAGAUCGUCAUCUUCAGCGAACUCCUGAGGAAGGGCUCCUCCACACCAGGCUACCAGUUUAAAAAGAGCAUUAAGGUUAGUUACCUGGGUCUGGAGGAGCAUGUGGAUAACGACCCGUGCAAGUUUGUCCUGACAAGCCGUGGUUCCGCCGAGCGUCUCACCCUGCAGGCCGCCAACGUGGACGUCAAACAGCUCUGGGUUCAGCACAUCACAGAGCUACUGGAGGCACAGAGCAACUUCUUGUCUGCACUUCAGUCUCCCAUUGAGUACCAGAAAGAGAAGAGCAGUUCGCAGUCUCUCACACGCUCUACUCUGAACAACGUCAGGCCCACCUCCUCCUCAUCUCUGGGGACAGAGAAAGCCCAGGUGAAAACACUCCCCUCCAACGGCAGCCUGUGUCUGAACCCGCAGAAGCCGAGCGACAGACACGACCCCCCCGGGCAUGCUGACGUGGCCUGUAACGGCAUGUCAUCCACUAUGACGGUGACUCAGGACUACAGUGCUCUGAAGGAGAAUGAGAUCUGUGUCACUCAGGGAGAGACGGUACAGAUUCUGGCCACCAAUCAGCAGAACAUGUACCUGGUCUACCGACCCGCCAACAUCCAAUCACCUGCCGCAGAGGGCUGGGUCCCUGGCCACGUCCUGGGCCCUCUCACUAAAAAUCACUUAGACAGUGCAGAUGCCAGCAUCAAGAAGUCUCUCUCGUGGAGUACGCUGCGCUCCAGAAAACGUGCUGAGAAGGAGAGCGAUGGAAAAAGUGAGAGCAAGGUUGAGAAUGGAAUACGCAAACCCAAAGACAUCCUCAGCACCAAGGGCCCCGUGAAAGACACACACAGCUCAGAUGAGUCUGACUGCGAAGAGGAGCUGGAUCCCAAAACUAGCAUGGAGUUGCUGAAUCCCAAUUUUAUUCAAGAAGUGGCCCCAGAGUUCCUGAUCCCGCUGGCGGAUGUGACGUGUGCAUUCGGAGAAACAGUGGUGUUGUGUUGUAAAGUGUGCGGCCGUCCGAAACCCCAGAUCACUCUGAGAGGACCCGAUCAAAGCCCAGUUCUCAACAACAACCGUUUUACCAUCAAUAUCAGGGAAACAGGAGACAUUUUGCUGAAGAUUUGUAACCUGGUGCCUCAGGACACUGGGAUCUACACCUGCGUUGCCGUUAACGACCAUGGCACAGCAUCCUCCUCUGCCUCCAUUAAAGUCCAAGGCAUCCCUGCAGCACCGGCCAGGCCUGUGGCCCAGGAGGCCAGCAGCACCGCUGUUAUAGUCCACUGGGUCCCUCCAGCCAGCUCUGGAAACUGUGCUGUAUCCAGUUACACUGUGGACUACAGACAAGAGGACUCUCUGGUGUGGCAGCAGGCAGUGGUCUCCACCUCAGACGUGUGUGUGAAAAUUGAGGACCUCAUCCCGGGCGGUCAUUACCAGUUCAGAGUCAGUGCCACCAACCCCUGGGGGGUCAGCACCCCCAGUGAACCCUCCAACAUGGUGACCUUACCCAGUGCAAACUCGACGUAUGAUGGAACGGGUAUUCAGUGGAGAGAUCAUUUUGACUCUGCCUUCGCUGAAGUCUGUGAAAUUGGACGGGGUCGUUUCUCUGUGGUGAGGAGGUGUCUGAACAAGGCCACUAAGAAGGAGGUGGCCGUGAAGGUCAUCAGUAAGAAGAUGCUAAAGAAGGAGCAGGUGGCACACGAGGCUGAUCUCCUCCGGCAUGUCCAGCACCAUCAGCUGGUGACACUCCUGGACACCUACGAGUCACCCACCUCCUUUAUGCUGGUCCUGGAGCUGAUUGAAGAUGGGAGAUUGCUGGACUAUCUGGUGGCCCAUGAUGAGCUGAUGGAGGAGAAAGUGGCAUUUUUUGUGAGGGAAACUUUAGAGGCCCUACAGUACCUCCAUACCUGCAGAGUAGCUCACCUUGACCUGAAGCCUGAGAAUCUCUUGGUGGAUCUCCACGUACCCACACCCUGUGUGAAGCUCAUAGACUUUGGAGAUGCAGUUCAGGUCUCUGCCCACCGUUAUGUGCACCUGCUGCUGGGGAACCCAGAGUUCUCUGCUCCUGAGCUGAUCCAGGGCAUGCCUGUGUCCUUAAGCACGGACGUGUGGAGCGUGGGCGUGCUGACCUACGUCAUGCUCAGUGGCGUCUCGCCCUUCCUGGACGAGAGCGUGGAGGAGACCUGCGUGAACAUCUGCAAGCUGGACUUCUGCUUCCCUGAGGAAUACUUCUGUGGGGUUAGCCAAGCCGCACGGGACUUCAUCGUCUCCACCCUGAACCAGGACCCCAGGAAGCGUCCCAGCUCAGCGACCUGCCUGCAGCACCCCUGGGUCAACGCUCAAGGUGGAGAUUACUCCAAACGUCCGCUGGACACAGGCCGACUGGCCUCCUUCAUAGACCGCAGGAGACAGCUCCACGACAUCCGUCCAAUCACGAACAUCAAAGGGCUGGUGACGGGCGCCAUGGGACACACCUUAUAA